CUGGUUUUCACUCAUCUUUACAAAACCGGCUUUCUCUUUCAGCCCUAAGUCCCUUUGUCCCCUUCUUUUAUACCCAUUCAACCCGCUCCCCCCUUCUCUUCCUUGAACAGAGCUGCCAAAUUUCACAUCGAUGUCCUCCUUUUACCACCCAUCAUUCUCCAGUACAAUAUAACUGUUAUUGUCACUCCCCACUCUUUUCUCUAAACCCCUCUCUCUCAUCCCCUCCUCUGUUCCCCUGGGCUGUUUUUUUCUGGGUUUCAAUCCAAUUUCUCAUUUUUUUCUUCAAUUGGGUAUGUUCCCAGAUCGAAAGGUUACAUUUUUUUGAGUUUUUCUGAAAUGCCCAGAUCGAAAAUUUCAUUUCUUUCAAUUGGGUUUUUGUGUUUUGAUUAAAGGUAGAACUUGGGGUGUGAAUGGGGUUUGAAACGGUGGCGCCCAAUCGCAAAGGCAGCAAGGAGUUUCUGGCAUUGGCGGAGGAGACGAAUUCGAAAAGCAAGACCAGGAAGGGCCGGCGGCGUCAGCGGAAGAUGUCGCCGGUUCAGAAGCUGUACGAGACUUGCAAGGAAGUCUUUUCGUUUUGUGGGGCCGGGGUCAUUCCCCCCGCUGAUGAUAUCCAACGGCUAUCCUCUGUUUUGGAUGCCAUGAACCCUGCUGAUGUCGGCCUCACUCCCGAUUUGCCGUACUUCAGGAUGACGGUAGCUAGACGAAGCCCGGUUAUAACAUACCUGCAUCUUUACGAGUGCGAAAAAUUUUCAAUGGGGAUAUUUUGCUUGCCGCCUUCGGGUGUCUUACCGCUUCAUAAUCACCCGGGAAUGACGGUUUUCAGUAAGCUUCUGUUUGGGACGAUGCACAUCAAGUCCUACGAUUGGGUGGCUGGUGCCCCGGAGAAAACAUUGGCAAGCGCGAACCCUUCACUAGUUGCACCGCCCGGUGUUCAUCUGGCUAAAGUUAAGGUUGACGCCGAUUUCACUGCUCCUUGCGAACCAUCCAUCCUCUAUCCAGCUGAUGGAGGCAACAUGCAUUGCUUCACAGCAGUGACAGCAUGUGCAGUGCUCGAUGUGCUUGGCCCCCCAUAUUCUGAUCCCGACGGCAGGCACUGUCAAUACUACCUUGAUUACCCAUUCUCUCGCUUCCCAGAUGGGGGAGUAUCGGUGCCGGAAGAUGAGAAAGAAGGCUAUGCUUGGCUUGAAGAUAUAGAGAAACCUGAGGACUUAGCUGUACAUGGAGCCAUGUACAGAGGCCCAAAAAUACAGGAGAAUUGAUGAUCUCACCAAUCCAUUUAUCUAUAUCUCCAUCCUCAUUCCCAUUUCAGCUGUCUGCAUCGCCAUACCGUUUUCCCCAUUCAUCCAUCUGCCGCCGCAUCACUGUCCUGUCGCUUUCAUUGAUGUCAUCAGUGGCUGCUGCUCAAUUCAGUGCAGCAAUAGUAGUGCUUUUGUUUCGUUAUGUUGUUUUUUUUCUCUUUGUUUUGUUCUUUUUUUUCUUCUUUCCCUGUGGGACAUGAGGAGGCACCUGGUGCCCUUUUUUUUCUUCUUUCUACAGUUAAUGUACAUACCUUAAAAAAAAAAAAAAAAAAAAAAAAAAAAAAGCAAGAAAAAGAAGAGAAGUGUUAUUUGCACUGGAAAUUAGUGGAUAAAAGUGCAUUAGCACUCUUUUCAUAAAUUGCUUUUUAAGUUUUACA